AUGAAUUUGCAGUCAAAUGAACAACCAACAUUUACCAAUAAUGAUACUUCAAUCUAUUUUAAUAAUAAACAAUCAAAUAAUUUAUUGUCAUCAAAUAUUGAAUCAAGGUUUAGUCCAACAGCGAAUCAUGCUCUAGAUUCUCAUUCAAUAAAUGAAUUAAUCGAUUUGCAUAAGAAACGUUUACGCGAACGAAUGAUGUAUUUCUAUAUCGUAUCUGGAAUAUUCUUCUUAAUUGGUUUAGUAUUAUUAAUCAUAGGUCUUGUUCUACCAAAAUGCAGUACUUAUUCUUAUAACUGCUCAUCAGCAGAUUUACUAUAUCUCCUUUUUGGUGGAAGUCUAAUGGGUAAUGGCAUUAUCUUUGUGUUGGUGGGUCACUAUGUUAAUUAUUAUGGUACAAAACAACAAUUUGAGGAUAUAAAUUUUAGCGUUAAUACACAGCAGCCAGUUUUAUGGCGACUGGAUGGCGAACAAUGGGUACGAUAUUUGAAUUAUAUACAUGGUCCAAAUCGAAUAUGGAUAGAAAUAGAUCCAUUAUCAUGUUUCUGUUGUCGACGUUCAACCUAUGAACGAUUGAUGAAUCGUCAAUAUGGUCAGAUUAUUUUACAUGAAAAUGGUUUAAUAAUUGAUAAAUUAUAUUUUGUUUCAUUUCGACAACAUACAUUAGAAAGUGUACAAAUACUCUACAUCGAUCAACAUCCACAAAUAAUAGGUUUAAGAAUACAUACUUAUCUUCAAAACGGACGAACUGGGAGUACUUGCUAUUUUGAUUUAUUUGCACCACCAUCAGUUUCAUUGGAACAAAUACAGGCACUCGCUCGAGCAUACAUUAGUAAAAUAUCUGGAGUUAGUGCACUCGAUUUACCUUUGGAAGUAAUUCAUCUUCCUGAAUCAAUAUUAUCUACACACAGUUAA